AUGAAGACUUUCUGGACUCUGCUGCUGAAAUUCGGCCUCCUCUCCCUGAUGGUCAUAGGUGCUGGCCGUCAACCUAAUACACCCCAUGUCAGAUUCAAAUGUAUACCGAAAUUAGGAAUCAUUUUCAGUGAUAACUGUCCUUUCUAUGGCAACAUGGAUGGCAACUGUAAUAACAGGAACUCUGUAUGCUGCAUGGUACCUGUGAGACUGACUAAUAUAUAA